AUGGCCGUGAAAAUAGCCACAGCACACAAUUCUCAAAUGUGCCAGACAUCCACGUGCAGGACCGUCACCAUCAGCUUCCUUGUUGGCGCCGCGUUGCUGAUUUGCGCGACAGGUCUCUUCGUUUACUGCUGCAAGCGAGGCCAACGCAAGGUCAAAAACAAGGUCAAGAGCGGCGUCAUGGGUCUCUUGACGAGGUCAAACAAGCCAACGGUGGAGGCUGUCGAGAGCGACGAAGAGCAGCUUCAGCCACAGCCGUUCGUGCCGCCCCCGGGUCCUGUCGAGCAGCCACAGUGGCCCCCAAAAAAGAAGACUACACAAUUACAGCCUCCGACCUACUACCAACAGCCGUACAGCCAGCCUUACGACGCCCCAUACGAAAUGCCGUACUAUCCUGACUAUCAUCAGCAACAGCAGCGCCAGUGGCAGGUGCAGCAACACGAGCUGAAGUACCAACAGAAACGCGGCAUCAAGCAGCACGGUCGCUUCGAGACGAUCCCUGAAGGGCCGGCGGAGAGACAUGCCCGUCUGACUCGCCUAGCUUCCACUGUUGUAUCCUCCGUGUAG